AGAGAAAGAGGUUUUUUGGUGUGCUGCUUUAUUUCUUCGUGCAGCUUGACUGAGCGUACUUACAACUUGAUUCGCUGCAGAGCAAAGCCAACUGUUGAGGUUUACUUUUGGCUUUGCUGCAGCUCUGCGUGCCGGCGCCAGUAAUUUCGUACUCAAAAUUGUGAUGAAAAAUCAAUUUGUGCGGUCGCGAAGAAAAGGUCGGCAAAUCUGCCGGGACGAACCGUGAUUAAAAGAUGGCGUUUGCAGUCGAGGGCUGUGUCGAGCCAGACGCCAGCACCGUUCGUUUCUCCAGUCGAGAAGGGGUUCGGAGCAAGAAUUGCAGCCAGUCGUCACGGUCCAGACAUCAAAUUUUCCCACGCACGACCGGGAGCAGUGACAACAAGAUGCUGUCACUUGUAGAACCCUCGCGGCAGGAGGACCUGCGUUUCUUGAGUGACGCGUCGAGUCUUGUUGACAGCAGUAGGGGAACAAUGCAUAUGCAAGAUGAAGCUGAUCAUGAAAAUAGCUACAACGGAAGUCGUCAAUCAGCGGGCGGAGCUGCAUUUUCACCCUGUGGUCGUUUAGGGUUAACACCAGCUGCAUCAAGGACCUCCGGUUGUACACUACCUGCAAAAAGGAGAAGUAGAAAGAGUAGAAACUUACUCCUGUCCAGGACAGCUACCGCGAGCUGUCUCGUCUGGACUGCCGGAAUGGAUCUCCACCAGUCCGUACGCGCCGACUCGUCGGAGUACCACGUGGACCUGACCUGCAAGGGCACGCAGCGGGAGUAUAUCCCACAGAAAAAAGCUGGCAGGGCAUAUUUGUAAUGCAAAAAUCAAUACACAGAAAAACAAAAAUCUGCCAUGGGCGGCCUCAUAGCAUGCUAUUUAGGAUAUGCAAUACAAAUUUGUUUGUCAAUUUAUUUUUGCAUUACAAAUAUGACCUGCAAGCUUUUUUCUGUGUGAUAGAGUACGAGGGCUGCGAAAUCGAGCCCUGCGAAGUGAAAACCUGCAUGGACUGCGUCUGGUCCGUAUCAAAUGUAAAAAUGUCUGGGUCUGGAAGAGUGCAAGCCUUGUCAUGCACAUUUUGCAUGACCCACGAUGUCUGUGAUGCCUGCCCUAGCAUCACAAUUUUUUUGACGGCUUUCUGAUGCGUAUCCUGCAUGACAAGUGCCCUCUCCGUGUAGCACAAAAUCGAAUCCUCUUGCUGGUCAUGCAACACAGAUUUUUUUAGAAUCCGACGACAGCAUCAGGAGUUGCAUCCUUCCAGACCCAGACAUUUUUGCAUUCGAUAGUCCGAAUGGGCGCCGUAUUCCGCCUGUACCUGCGAGGGCUUGCGCGAGCGCCACCGAGUCAUCGCACAGCAGUCCAACAGUUGCGGGAAACCGUGCGACGGUACUACUAUACUAGAAACUCGCUGUUGUGCUUGGCGGCGUCCGUGCUAGUAGACCACGGUGUGCUGACCACUUCUAGAGGAGACUCUCUAGUUGUGUUGUAACAAGCUUGCUCCUGCUCAUAUGCAGCCUGUCGUGCUGCAGUUCGUAGUUAUCGGUUGGUCAACUGCAGCACUGCACUAAUAUGCAGAAGAUGCCAACAAGUAGAAGUAUCUUGCAAAACCCUCAACACCUCCUCAGCGGUGAUCUUCGAACCACCACUCUCUUUGUCUACUUAUCAGGCCCGAAAGUCGAGACUGCCACUUGCACGCCGGACUGUCACCACAAUCCGCAGGACUGCGUGCUCUCGGAGUGGUCGAGCUGGUCGUCCUGCUCCAAGGACUGCGGGGGCGGGCAGAAAAACCGCACGCGCGUGGUGGUUACGGAGGCGGCGCAUUUAGGCAAACCGUGCAGCGGCAGUCUGGUCGAGACCGAAGCCUGCAACGACGCGGCGUGCGUCGCCAAGCGGGACUGCGAACUUUCCUAUUGGUCUUCCUGGGGGGAGUGCAGCAAGAGCUGCGGCGGCGGCCAGCAGAACCGCACGCGCACCGUGACGGCGACGGCGCUGGCGGGGGGGAAACCCUGUUCCGGCGGCCUGGUCGAGCUGCAGGCGUGCUCGCUGCCCAAGUGCGAGACGGACCUGGACUGCAUCUGGAACGAGUGGCAGGAGUGGUCCGCGUGCUCGCGGUCCUGCGGCAUCGGCUCGCGGGCGCGCAGCCGGAUGAUCGAGCAGGCGCCGCGGGGGCACGGCAAGCUCUGUAUCCGAUAAAAAAAAGCUGGCAGGGCAUAUUUGUAAUGCAAAAAUAAAUACACAAAAAAAUCCGCAUUGCAUAUCCGAAACAGCAUGCUAUCUGGCUACCCAUGACAAAUUUUUCUGUGUAUUUAUUUUUGCAUUACAAAUAUGCCCUGCCAGCUUUUUUCUCUGGGAUACUCUGCGAGCCGCUGGACAUGGUGGAGACCGCGGCCUGCGACAUGGGCUUGUGCUAUCCACAGAAAUAAAAUUCCUGUACACAUAAAUACAAAUAUCGCGCCGGUUCCUGCAUGACAAGAGAGAAGAGACUUGCUUUUGAUUCUAGAAGUCACAGCAUGGCAAGUCAUGUUAGGUUACUCUCUAAGAUUGGCGAAAUUUGUGUAUGCAUGUCGUAUUUUUAUGGGAAAUUUGUAUUGCAUAUGUGCCACGAGGCCGUUGAUUGCUUGUUCGAACCCUGGACCAGUUGGGGCGAGUGCUCCAAAUCCUGUCACGGCGUAUUGAUAAUGUGCUGCGAUGAACAAGAUAGGUCAUCAUGUGAUUACUAUGGUGGAUGCUAGAUUGCGGUUGCCUCGCACCAUCGACCGAUCGUGAAAGCUUAAUAUUUCCAGAAAAAGAAAGGCAUUAACGAUGAAAUCUGAUUUCGAAUCAUUUUUCCUUCCCUUGACCACUGCUACCAGGUCCAAGAGCGCACGCGCCACAUUGCAGUGUACCCAGCGCACGACGGCGCUGCGUGCGAAGGGAACCUGAAGGAGCUGCAGGGGUGCAACAACGAGGGUUGCAUUGACGAAUCGGAGAAGGUGCCGGUGAAUUGCGAGCUGAGCGCCUGGAAGCCCUGGGCAGAGUGCUCCAAGAGCUGUGGAGGCGGGGAGCGUACACGGUCGCGCGAAGUGGUGCAGGAACCGAAGAACGGUGGGGACCCCUGCGACGGAGUGUUGGCAGAGAUGGAGCCGUGCAACGUGGAGAUCUGCCCCGAGGACGUCGUGCCAAAAAUCGACCCGGUACUUACUCGCGCCGGGAGGCUUGCAUGCUUCAUUUUUGUGUCAUGGAGCAGGAAGAACUAGAGCUACAGAUAGUUUUUGGUGGCAAUAUCAUAUGAAAAUCCGACCCGAUCAUACACUGACUUGUGUUCUUCCAUUUUUACCUAUUUACGCACAACCAGGUCGACUGCGCCUGGAGCGAGUGGGAGAGCUGGGGCCAGUGCAGUAACAGCUGCGGGGUCGGGCAGAAGUUUCGCAAGCGGCGCAUAGUCCAACUGCCAAACAACCUGGGAAAACCUUGUUCUGCGAAUGACUCCAUGGAGGUCGCGGAGUGCAAUUUAGCAUCGUGUUUGGGUAAGUCCGUGGUAUUACUGUUUUAAUAAAGCUGCUGCUUAAGAUGCAGUGCCAAAGCCAUUAUUGUAUGGGUAUCCAUUUUCAUCAUCAGCAGCAGCAUCCAUGUAGUUGUAGCGCAUUUGUUUCUUUGAUGAGCAAGAAAAACGAACUUUAACCGUUAUUUGUCGAAUGUUCUGUAGGGGCUGCAGAAUAUGCAAGUUUUUGUUCACUAUCACUGCUUUGGAAUCUUCAUCAUCAACACUGCUACAGCCGUCGACUGCGUCUGGUCUGAGUGGUCCGCUUGGUCCGAUUGCACGUGCAGCGGUCUGCGGGAGCGCCACCGCGAGAUUAGCCAGCACUAUGCGGGAGACGGUAAGCCCUGCGAGGGCGCAAAAGUGGAGACCAAAGAGUGCCAUGCAGAUUGCUACCCGGACCCAAUAGACUGCGUUCUCUCCGGCUGGGCGGACUGGUAAAUUUAGUACUUACUACCGGAGAAAUUACUACUGAGUAUCGACUUGGUGGAGCUCACGCUGUACCGAAGAAUGCUGCAGCUGCGAUUCUUGUUUUGUUCCACAGCGUGUUUCUUUUUGUUGAUCUUUACAUACAACUCUCCCCUAAGUUGUACUCUUGUCUUCUAUCCAAAGGUCGACCUGUUCCCAUCCCUGCGGGGGCGGGCAGAAGAAGCGCACGCGGAAGGUAAACACCUUGCCGCAGUACGGCGGCAAGGAUUGCGCGUCCGGAUUGGAAGAGGUCGCGCCCUGUAGCACGGAGCCCUGCGAGCAUCCCAGCGACUGCGUGAUGGGGGACUGGACGGACUGGGGCAAGUGUUCUGCCACCUGCGGGGGCGGAGAGCAGCACCGCGCGCGGAAAGUGGUGAAGGCCUCCAAGCACGGCGGCCGCCCGUGCAGCGACGAGACGAGCGAGGUGCGCGGCUGCGGCAUGGACCCCUGCAAGGCCGCGGUGGACUGCCGCUGGGGCGAGUGGUCCGAGUUUGACGAGUGCAGCAAAACGUGCGGCGGCGGGCAGCGAACCCGAACCCGCCACGUCGAGACCAGCCCGCGGAACGGCGGCAAGCUGUGCGACGCCUUAACCACCGAGGAGGUGGCGCCCUGCAACACCGAAAGCUGCGAGGAAAAGCAGCCCUGUCGUGACGGGCAGUGGGGACCCUGGAGCCGAUGGUAAGUCAAAAAUUUUGAGGGGGUGUUGAAGAGAGUGACAGAUGUUGAAAGUAGAAGAGUGUCUCAUUGCGAAUAUCAAACUCAUAGGUCGACGAGUCAACGAGCCCCUGGCUCCGGGAAACGAAAAUCAAAAUCGAAAACAAAAACAAUCUUUUGUCUAGGUCUCUCUGCUCCGCUACGUGCGGCGAAGGGUAUCGUGUGCGGCAUCGACAGGUUGGCGUUGAGCCGAACUACUGCGGUGCAGCGGCGCAUGGCCAGUACGAUCAGUACGAAAAGUGCAAUCUGGGUCCCUGCAACACCGGAAAACAAGAUUGCGAGUUUGGAGAGUGGUACUUACUACAACGUGCUGAAUAAGUCUAGAGCAAGAUUUUUACUGCGUCCACUAAUCGUGCGUUUGCAUAGUUUUCGUUUGGAGAAACCUCUGAAAUGGCCCACGAUGACGUCGGUACUACGAAUCAGAAUCUUGUAAAAAGCGAAUCCUAGAAAUGAAAUUAAAAAAAAAGCCGCAUUAUCUACUAUGAAAAUAAAGGCAAAAGUGGGAGCCCUGCAGCAGCAACUGCAAUGGUAUUCACACUCGCGAGCGGCUCGUAAGCCAAUACGCCAAGGACGGUGGGUCCCCCUGUACGGGUGCCACGAAGCAAAUAGGACCAUGCAACACCGGACACUGCAAGUCGCUCGAGCCCGUGGACUGCGUACUCGGUGAGUGGUCAGCGUGGGACGAGUGCACCGCAGCCUGUGAGGGCGGCAGCCAGGCCCGGUCCCGCACAAUCGUCGAGCUGCCGAAGCGCGGUGGUAAGCCCUGCGAGGGGGCGCUGGACGAAGUGCGGGCGUGCAACGAGGAGCGGUGCAGGGCGACGCAAGACUGCAAAUGGAGCAUCUGGGGCGAGUGGGGCAGCUGCUCCAAACCAUGCGGGGGAGGUACUGAAGUUAUUUCUUUUUAUCGCAUUUGGGGUGAGUUGGGUAGAAUUUUUCAGCAGCGUGCCGUAGCGAUGAUUGUGCUACUGGCUUUGCGAAGAUGAACCAAUUUUUGCAAAGCGUCGGUCGGGAGGAGGAGUCAACAAAACUAGAAAUGUAAAAAGAAUUCUGGUCAACACAUCGGCAGGCGAGCGCACGCGGUUUCGGCACAUAAUGAAGAACCCGCGGCACGGCGGCAAGGCGUGCGAUGCGAAGGAGGCCGGGGAGAUGGAACCCUGCAACGUGCACCACUGCGGGCACCGGGAGUACUGCGUGUGGAGCCACUGGGGCCAGUGGGGCGAGUGCAACAAGAGUUGCGGCAAGGGCACGCGGCACCGGCAGCGGAAGCUGGAGAUCAGCAUGAGCCACGCGGACGCGGAAACCGCGCUCUCCACGGGAAUCUUCUCCGAAAUAGCCUCGUCUUGGUCCUUAUGCAUUGCAAAUAUGUCAGGCUGGGUCUGGAAGCUUGUAAUGCGCGUCAGUGAAUAAUAAGCAUGCGCCAUCCAGCAUGACAGAUUUUUUCGUGGCUCUGUGUUGUGUAGUCCGCAUGAGAAGCUGCGUUUUUCCAUGACAGACAACAGAGGCUGUGCGUGGCUACGCAAUACAGAGCUCAGAUUCAUGCCAGACUAGCAUGACAAGUCUCGCAAUCUUCCAGACCCAGACAUGUUUGCACUGGAUAGUCUCCCGGAAAUUUCUACACCGCGGACCACCUGGCCUUCACCUUCCUGAUCGGCAUGGCCAGCAGCGUCAUGGUGCUCUUCGUGAUUUACCAAGGUGGGGUCCGACUCAGGAGAAGAUCACAGGGCGACGACGAUUCGUCAGCGGCAGCACUGUUCCUCGACGAUGACCGACCACUCGCGCAGCCAUUCGCGAUGGCGUCGCCGGUGGAGUGA